CUCUAGCCCUCACCGCCGCAGGGACAGGCGCAGCACCGCCAUCAAACUCCCACAGCUCAGGCGGGCGCGCGCACGCCGCCGUCUACGUCGUGGCGAGCGAGGCCGCACGGCUUCGUCCAAGGGGCGGGGCUGUCAGUCAAAGUGCACAAGCUGCUGAGACUAUAAGCGGAAAGUUUAUGAGUGCGAGGUCGUCCCUGUCGUACACAAAUGAAGAGAGACUUCUACUGGAGGGAAUGGCCGCCUCCUCGUCUUCGUCUUCAGCUGGUGGGGUCAGUGGAAGCUCUGUCACCGGAUCUGGUUUCAGUGUGUCCGACCUUGCCCCACCUCGGAAAGCUCUGUUCACCUACCCGAAAGGAGCUGGAGAGAUGUUAGAAGAUGGCUCCGAGCGAUUCCUCUGUGAGUCGGUGUUUAGCUAUCAAGUGGCAUCCACGCUUAAACAGGUGAAGCAUGAUCAGCAAGUCGCUCGGAUGGAAAAACUGGCUGGUCUGGUGGAAGAGCUGGAGGCCGACGAGUGGCGGUUUAAACCCAUCGAGCAGCUGCUGGGGUUCACACCCUCCUCGGGCUGAUGUUGCCUGCACGACCACCCUUAGGGCACAGCCACCCAGGGAGUCACAGCUGUCCUGUGAGCUGCAUGUCUGAAUCCACAUCCAUACUUGGUGUCUCCAAUUCUGCUAAUAGGCAACAAGUGCUCAUGUGAGAUGUCGCGGAGAUGUUUUUCACAUUCAUGUUCUUUAAAGCAUUGGGCAGCACUUGGGAAGCAGAGGCAGGAGGAUCUCUGUGAGUUUGAGGCUAGCCUGGUCUACAUAAGAGUUCCAGGACAGCCAGGGCUAUGAGACACUGUCUCAAAAUAAAUAAAUAAAUAAAUAAAUAAAUAAAUAAAAAGAAGUAUUGGGGAUCAGAUGGAGACAGUCCUUUCAGAGAACCAGGAGGCUUGGGAUCUAGGAAACACUGAUUCUCACAAGCCAAAUGGACACAUGCCAGAGUCAGCCAACUGAAUGGAGGAUGUCCUGUCAUUCAGAGGCUGUCUGGAAGCUUUCACCAGCCAAGCCCAAGGUCAGCAUCUGUCGUUUCACGGUCACAGCCCAAACAUUUCUCUUCACACAUGAAUGUGGUUUCAGCUCAGGGUCCGUCCAGAUGGGAGCUGUAAAGUGUCCUUUCCCUCUCUGUUCUUAGACAUUUAACAUUACAGACUAUUUCUUUCACCUCUCACGACAUGCCAAAUGUGCUACUCCACCUCACUCUGCCCCCCAAGAUUGCUUUUUGAAUGUUGCAGCACUUGAAAAUAUGAAGUGACCUAAAUCCUUUUGAACCCCGAAGUCUUAGUCCGGCUUACAGGGUAUGAAAGCAGUUCUGUGGCAAAUAAACCCUUACACGAGGUCCA